AAGACAGUAAAGUUUGAUUUGAGGGAAAUUUGGUUACAAUUUCUACCAUGUCUAGCUACUCUGUAGAGGUUUCUCUGCUUAUUUCAUUAAUAAAUAAACGAGGUGUGGUGCUGGAGUUAAUCUUUGUCCCCUCUUAAUUCUCAUCUGUCUUCUGUUUUCCGUGUCGCAAUGCCAGACUGUCCACGGGAACCAUCUCUGGUGCUCAUCGUGAAAUGGGGAGGAGAGCUGACCCCUGCUGGCAAAAUACAGGCUGAGGAGCUCGGAAAGGCCUUCAGGACACUCUAUCCUGGUGGACAAGGAGAAUUUGGUGCCCCUGGUCUCGGGUUCCUGCGACUCCACAGUACAUUUCGUCAUGAUCUCAAGAUGUAUGCCUCCGAUGAGGGUCGAGUUCAAAUGACAGCAGCUGCUUUUGCUAAGGGUUUGCUGGCUCUGGAAGGCAAACUGACCCCUAUUCUUGUCCAGAUGGUAAAAAGUGCCAACACCAAUGGCCUGCUGGACAGCGAGGGAGAGAUGUCCAAACACCAACAGAUGUAUGUAUAGAGACAAAAGUUAAAAAACAAUUAUCUUUUU